AUGCUGCUUCUACUAUUAUCGCUCCUGCUGCUGGUCCUCCUGUUCCUUGUUUAUAUCGUAUAUUAUCCCCCUUUCUCGAUAAUACAAUACUUUCAGCGCCGCUGGCCUGAUGUGCUCUGGCAUGUAUCAACAUCGGAAAAGGUAAUCGCACUUACUAUCGACGAUGGACCAUCAAUCUACACAGCCGAGAUUUUGGAAAUACUCAAAGCGAACGAUGCAACAGCGACAUUCUUCAUUAUUGGAUCGCAUGUCUCGAAUAUGACGCAUGAGGGCGACGAGAUUCUCCAAAAAUUGAUUCGAGGUGGAAACGAGCUCGGCAAUCACGCCAUGUAUGAUGAGCCGGCGUACAAACUGCCGGAUGACGAGCUCGUGUCACAAAUCAAUAAAGUUGAUGAGCUCAACCGGAAGGCUUAUGAAGCGGUGAAUGGUGCGUCCACAAUUGUCGAAGAUGAUACCGCAUUGCCGAGGUAUUAUCGUCCAGGAAGUGGAUGGUAUACCACCAGAAUGCGCAAUAUCGUGAAUCGUCUCCAGUAUAAGCUCAUUAUGGGCGAUGUGUACCCCCACGAUCCUCAAAUUCCAUUCGCAAAAGUCAAUGCUGCGCAUAUCCUUCGCAUGGCGCGACCCGGGGGAAUUAUUAUCUGUCAUGAUGGACGACCUUGGACUCUGCCGAUGUUGAUGGCUGUUCUUCCAGAGUUGAAGCGGAGGGGUUAUAGAGUUGUUAAGGUUACGGAGUUGCUUCAAUGUGCAAAUUCAUAG